CCGGCGAAGAGGGACUGGGCCCCGAGCUAAAUGCUCAGGCAUCUCUCCGGCGCUGGGGUCGGAGUGCGGGACUAAGGCAGCCAAUAGGCUGAGCUGGGACCCAGACUUGCCAGCGUUCGAAUUCGAUGCAGGAGGCGAGCUGGAGCGUUAAGCCCCUAUAGAACGCAGACGGUGACCCUGGACCUUUACAGAGGCAAGCAAGGCUUGCCCGGCCCCUUUGAGAGCACACUUCCAUAAUAGUGUCUUUCUUUUCACUGUUUCAUAAGAGAGGAGUGUUUCGCAGAUCACUGGCGUUAUCCUUCUAGCAGUUGGCAUUUGGGGCAAGGUGAGCCUGGAGAAUUACUUUUCUCUUUUAAAUGAGAAGGCCACCAACGUCUCCUUCGUGCUCAUUGGUACUGGUACCGUCAUUGUUCUUUUGUGCACGUUUGGUUGUUUUGCUACCUGCCGAGUUUCUGCAUGGAUGCUAAAAUUGUAUGCAAUGUUUCUGACUCUCAUUUUUUUGGUCGAACUGGUCGCUGCCAUCGUAGGAUUUGUUUUCAGACAUGAGAUUAAGAACAGCUUUAAGAAUAAUUAUGAGAAGGCUUUGAAGCAGUAUAACUCUACAGGAGAUUAUAGAAGCAAUGCAGUAGACAAGAUCCAAAAUACGUUGCAUUGUUGUGGUGUCACCGAUUAUAGAGAUUGGACAGAUACUAAUUAUUACUCAGAAAAAGGAUUUCCCAAGAGUUGCUGUAAACUUGAACAUUGUACUCCACAGAGAGAUGCAAAUAAAGUAAACAAUGAAGGUUGUUUUAUAAAGGUGAUGACCAUUAUAGAGUCAGAAAUGGGAGUCGUUGCAGGAAUUUCGUUUGGAGUUGCUUGCUUCCAGCUGAUUGGAAUCUUUCUCACCUACUGCCUCUCUCGUGCCAUAACAAAUAACCAGUAGGAGAUAGUGUAACCCAGUUGAUCUGCGGGGCUAUUCCUCCCUGCCUUUAAGGACAUUUAGAGUCCCCCCUGUGAAUUAGAAAAUUGCCUGGCUGGAGAACUGACGACACUACUUACUGAUAGACCGAAAAAGUACACCAGUAGACUGAUUCAAUCAAGAUGUAUGUAGAACAAGAAACUACACCAAUAGGCUGAUUCAAUCAAGAUGCGUGUUCGCUAUGUUCUAAGUCCACCUUCUGUCCCAUUCAUGUUAGAUCAUUGAAACCCUGUAUCCCUCUGAAACACUGGAAGAGCUAGUAAAUUGUAAAUGAAG